UUCAGUCUCGCUCCUCCUCCUCGUCGUCGCCUCGACAGUCGACACAGAAGAGAGUAAACAAGCUCGCUUUUUUUUUUUUUUUUAAUUUUUUAAUUUUUUAAUUAUUUUUUUCCUCCUGAGGCAUGGAAGACGGUGGCGGCGGCGCGUCGCUGGCGUCUUCGGGAACCGAUGCGAAGAAGCGGCGCGUGAGCUACUUCUACGAGCCGACGAUCGGAGACUACUACUACGGCCAGGGCCACCCGAUGAAGCCCCACCGGAUCAGGAUGGCCCACAACCUGAUCGUCCACUACGGCCUCCACCGUCGGAUGGAGAUCAGCCGUCCCUUCCUCGCCGCCCCCGCCGACGUCCGCCUCUUCCACUCCCCCGACUACGUCGACUUCCUCUCCUCCGUCUCCCCCUCCACUCUCGCCGACUCCUCAUUCUCCCGCCACCUCAAGCGCUUCAACGUCGGCGAGGACUGCCCCGUCUUCGACGGCCUCUUCGCCUUCUGCCAGGCCUCCGCCGGCGGCUCCAUCGGCGCCGCCGUCAAGCUUAACCGCUCCGACGCCGAUAUCGCCAUCAAUUGGGCCGGAGGAUUGCACCACGCCAAGAAGUCCGAGGCCUCCGGGUUUUGCUAUGUCAAUGAUAUUGUCCUUGGGAUUCUCGAGCUUCUCAAGGUUCAUAGGCGUGUACUUUAUGUGGAUAUUGAUGUUCACCACGGAGACGGUGUUGAGGAGGCAUUUUACACCACUGACAGAGUGAUGACCGUGUCCUUCCAUAAAUUUGGGGAGUUCUUUCCAGGGACUGGACACAUUAAGGACAUUGGUGUGGGGCCUGGCAAGAACUAUGCUCUCAAUGUCCCGCUAAAUGAUGGACUUGAUGAUGAGAGUUUCCGUGGUCUGUUUCAGCCCAUCAUUCAAAAAGUUAUGGAAUUAUAUCAACCAGACGCAGUUGUUCUUCAAUGCGGAGCAGAUUCUUUAUCUGGUGAUCGGUUGGGGUGCUUCAAUUUGUCAGUUAAGGGGCAUGCUGAUUGCCUUCGUUUCCUCAGAUCCUUUAAUGUUCCUCUGAUGGUCUUGGGUGGCGGUGGAUAUACAAUACGGAAUGUCGCCCGUUGCUGGUGCUAUGAGACAGCGGUUGCAGUUGGAGUUGAGCCAGAUAACAAGUUGCCGUACAAUGAAUAUUUUGAGUAUUUUGGCCCAGAUUACACUCUUCAUGUAGAACCGUGCAAUAUGGAGAAUAUGAACAAUCCCAAAGAUAUGGAGAAAAUAAGGACUACACUACUGGAGCAACUUUCUAGAUUGCCACAUGCACCCAGUGUACCUUUUCAGACAACACCGUCUACCACACAAGUUCCAGAAGAGGGAGAAGAGGGCAUUGAUCAAAGACCAAAACAACGCAUUUGGAAUGGCGAGCAUUAUGAUUCUGAUAUUGAUGAAGAUGAGAAGCCUCGGAUUAGAAGCUUUGAUACUGAUACUCAUCCUGUGGUUAAAACUGAGACAAUGGAUGUUAAAGACGAGAUGGAAGAAUAGGAACCCCUAAAGCACCAUUUGAGACAUGAUAGAUAGAAGUCUAUAGUUUCUGCUCAUUAUCUCUAAUUUCUUAUCAUCCGGAAGUUAAAGAUCUUUAAUCAAGAUGAAAACCUAUCAAGGCAAAGCUUUCAUAGAAGAGCGUA